UCAAUUCGAGUUUAAUCCCAAACAAUAUUUGACCCAGCAUACGCUCAACAGGAAACUGAGGAGGAGAAAUGUUAGUACCAGCCAUUUAGACACCAGCUCUGAUACAAGCAGUAAGGAAUUACUUCAUUCGUGGUUUAUACUUCAUUGCACAUUUGGGUUAUAAUGAAUAGAAAGUAGGAUAAACCUGAUCAAUGACAGUGACUUUAUUAACAAGAUCUCUAUUUUUAAUAACUAAAAAGCUUUCCAAAAAGAGAACACUAAAAAUGGAUCGUGAGAAGCUACAAGGAAGUAUCAUGGGAAAUUCUAAGUUUGCGGCAGCAAGAAUGGACACUGAAAUGGAAAAGAUCUGGAAUGAUCCCCUCAACUAUGGUAAACCUCCUCCCAAAAUUUUCAAAUUUAAAACAAAGUACACUGAUGAAGAAGUUUAUCCAAAGGAUCUCCCUCCAACCCAGAAAUAUGUCAGAUUAAACUUAGAAGACAAGGAGUAUAUGAAGUUGUUCAUGCAAAACAACCCUGUUCAUGAUAAUGAUAGGGAAAAGGCUAGCAGUAUUGCCCACAAUAUCUCAUAUAACCAAGAAGUGGUCGAUACAAACCCGUAUUUUGGUCAUAUGAAGAUCCAUGAGAAUGAAAUUUAUUUGUCUAAAUAAGGAGAUGUACAGCAUGGGUCAGUACUCAGAGGAGAAAAUCCACGAAAAUCCUUACACAUCACAGGUCAAAAUACAUGCGCUGUUGAAAUAAAUGGAAAGCCAAGAAAUUGAACUCAGACUACACAGGAUCAUUUCUAGACCUGAAUUUAAUGGAGCAGGACUCAGAAUCUCGGGUAUCAAGGAGAAGUCUUGCAAAGAAGAGGAGGAAUGCUCCGAAGUGGUCUUCAAGCAAGAACAUAAUCUUGGCAGAUGACACCACUAAUAAUAUAAUUGAGAGGAAUAACGAAGAUUUGAGAACACUUCCUGUCUACAGAAAGGAACAAGAAGUCAAACUCCCCCAAGACCCAAGUGAUUUUGAGCAAGUGUUGGUGAAGAUGAAACGACGAGAUCUGAAUAGUACCACUCAACCUAAAAUUGAAAAUGACAAGCAAGGAUUGUUCAAAGAGGGUCCUGGGAAUGAAUUCAUACUAAAUCCCAAAGAAACCCAAGCUGUUGACCCUACAAGGGCAGAUACAGUGACUUCUACAUCAAAGAUAGACCCUUCAGAUAGCCUCUUCGAUUCCUUCACAAAUGUCAUGGGUCAAGAUUUUAGAGGAUUCCAAGAAGAAAAAUUAAAAUAAAUAUCUGAAAGAAGCCUUCUGAGAAAAUGGCAAGAGCCAAUUUUUCAAAUCUAGUUGCAAAAACUAAAAAGAAAGUUGAAGAUAUGUCAGAUCUGGAUAGAAUCAGAAUUAUUAGAGAUAAAGUAAAUAAACACAUUAUUAUCAGCUUCAAAUAUUAUUGGCUAAGAGACGAAGUCACUCGUUAGAAAUAUUAGAAGAGGACGAAGAUAGCGAGAAAUCAAUUUUAGUAAAUAUUAUACAUAAAUUCAGCAAACCUCAAAAACUAAAAAGAGGAACAAAAGCAUUGACCCAAAGCGUAGUAUCAGUAACUCAAGCACAACAUAUCUGUACCCCAAUGUCAUAACCUCUAGUCACAAAAAGUCAAUUUCAACUGCAAAUCUGUAAAUACCCAAAAUUUCAACCUUAGAAAUUCCCAAAUUCCCAAAACUACCAACCCAAGAUCCCUCCCUAAGGAUCAUCCAACCUCAGUGCCCAAAAAUCGGCCUAAUCAAUGGUAACAACUCUUCUAAAUUUCCAAAAUUUCCACCCAAAAUGCCAUUUC